GUGCUGCAACGAUGGGCUCAGACAUCGCAAUGAUCGUGAGGACGGCGCAGGACCUGGCAGUGUUUCAUUCUAUUCUAUAAGAGUCGCUAUUGAAUAGGAACUGAUGAGACAGCGCCUAACAACUCUCCCACCAAGCUGCCAGGCCCACAGUAGGUAUUCAGUAAAAUGUUGCUGAAUGAAUAAAUAUUGAUGAUGAUGUAACCUGGCGUGGCCCUAUCACGGAAGCUGGGACUAUUGGCAGUAGAGCUACUCACAUGAUGACAAUAAUUCGGGGGUACACAGCACAACUGUGUCCCUAACUCAUAAAAUGAUUUAACAUUCACUUCACGUAAGACAGGGAUGAUCUCACAAACUACUUUUCUUUCUAACAGAUAUAUCCUUCUUUUCUUUAAAAGAGUCCUUCCUUUAAAAAAAAAAAAAGGUCUCCUUAUAAAAAAAAAUAAACACUGAAGGAAGUUCCUACGCUGGCACAAAGAAAAUUAUUACAAGUACUCAUUAAAUUCCACCAUCGACAAAUUGUUCCACCCAAAUAUAAUAAUGCUGCAGCUAAAAUUAGGCGAGGUGGAGUGAAAAGAGCUGAGAGGGGAGAGAUCAGGCCGCCAGCGGCUCACAAACUAACCCCAAGCUACCCUUGCCGUCCAGCAACGGCGCCAAACAGGCGACGCCACCGGCGCCAUCCCACCCCGCAAGCUCCGCCCCUCGGCCCGCAUGCGCACUUGGUCCGACGCGGCCUGAGGAAAAUUCCUCUCACACGUCCACAGCGGCAGGCUCCUGUUUCUUCUCCUACCUUCUCCAUUUUCUUAGUCCCUGCAGGAUUUCACUGGAAUAUUAUUUGGAGAAAGUACCAUGGAUGUUCUGCGCCCACAGCUUCUAAGAAUUGAUGGACGAAUUUACAGGAAGAAUCCCAUCCAAGAACAGACCUGUCAACAUGAAGAUGAUGAGGACUUUUAUGAAGGCUCCAUGGAAUGUACAGAAGAGCCCUGUGAAGCCUAUGUGGUGGUGCAGACCCAGCAAGGUUUCCAGUGUACCGUGAGGGCCCCCAGCCUGCUCUACAAGCAUAUAGUUGGAAAGAAAGGGGACACCAAGAAGAAACUAGAACUGGAGACCAAAACUUCUAUUACCAUUCCUAAGCUUGGACACGAAGGAGAUAUUGUGAUCACUGGCCAGCAUCGAAGUGGUGUCAUUUCAGCCCGAACUCGGAUUGAUGUUCUUUUGCAUACUUUUAGAAGGAAGCAACCCUUCACUCACUUCCUUGCCUUUUUCCUCAAUGAAGCUGAGGUUCAGGAAAGAUUCCUGAAGUUCCAGGAGGAAGUACUGGAGAAGUGCUCCAUGGAUCGUGGGGUCGAUGGCAGCAUUUUCCAGAAACCCAAAAAGCUUCACCUAACUAUUGGGAUGUUGGUGCUUCUGAGUGAGCAAGAGAUUCAGCAGACAUGUGAGAUGCUACAGCAGUGUAAACAGGAGUUCAUUGAUGACAUUUGUGGGGGCCAACCCCUGGAAGCAGAGAUGGCAGGGAUAGAAUACAUGAACGAUGAUCCUGGCAUGGUGGAUGUUCUUUACGCCAAAGUCCAUAUGAAAGAUGGCUCCAACAGGCUUCAGGAAUUAGUUGAUCGAGUGCUGGAACGUUUUCAGUCAUCUGGACUAAUAGUGAAAGAGUGGAAUAGUGUGAAACUCCAUGCUACAGUCAUGAAUACACUGUUCAGGAAAGACCCCAAUGCUGAAGGCAGAUACAAUCUUUACACACCGGAUGGCAAAUAUAUCUUCAAGGAAAGAGAAUCAUUUGAUGGCCGGAACAUUUUAAAGCUAUUUGAGAACUUCUACUUUGGUGCCCUAAAGCUCAACUCAAUUCACAUCUCUCAGAGGUUCACAGUAGACAGCUUUGGAAACUACGCCUCCUGUGGACAGAUUGACUUCUCUUGACAUGGAUCUUGGAAAGCACAAGAAAUUGAAUAUCCUCAUGAGAUGGACUAUCUACAAUUUCUAGAAGGUUUGCAUUUUUUGCUUCCCUUUACACCCUUACUUUUCACCUCUACCCAGAUAGUGGGUAAGAAUUUUAUCUUUAGCAAAACAACUGUUAAAGCUUUUACCUUUUACUUGCUUGAUCUGACCUUUUUCUUCUAAAGUUGAUACUUCUUAUUUGUUGGAUCUCUGUUCCUUCACCCUACUCCACCCUCAUCUUCCUAUGCCCCUGAUGGAGUUGCACAUUGUAGCUCUUUUCUGUUUGCUUCUCAGGGCAGCAGCAAUAGAACAGCCAUGAUAUCAGCAGAACUUUGCAACGUUGUCUGGAAGAUCGUCAGCCACAGAGGCACGCCUUGCCUUCCCUGCGGCAGACCAGAGGAGAGAGGGAGUGCUCCCAGCUCCAGCUUUGCCCCUCCAUGUCCUCUCUUUCUCUUUCCGUCAUUCCUGAUUCUUACUUUCUGUUAGAUAAAUCGGAUUCAAACCCACUGUGUCAAGGUCGCUCCAUCGUGUGGGCUGUGUAUAACACUCGGAUUUGUUUAUCAGUGUGGCUACACAGAUCCUUUGUGAAUAAAUGAAUUUCCACAGUAA